CGCGCCCGGAAGGCGGUGGCGGCCGGGAGGCGGUGCCGGGGCUGCCACGUUGGAGCGGUCCGGGGACGGUGAGCGCCGGGGACGCCGAGCAAAAUGAAGCUGAAGGAAAUAGACCGUACUGCCAUGCAGGCAUGGAGCCCUGCCCAGCAGCACCCCAUUUACCUGGCCACAGGUACAUCAGCUCAGCAGCUGGAUGCAACCUUCAGUACAAGUGCUUCUUUAGAAAUAUUUGAGUUGGACUUAGCAGACCCUUCACUGGAUAUGAAGAGCUGUGCCACGUUCUCCUCCUCACACAGGUACCACAAGCUGAUCUGGGGCCCUCACAGCAUGACCUCAGGGGACAGGGUGUCUGGAGUCCUGAUUGCUGGGGGUGAAAAUGGAAAUGUCAUUCUGUAUGACACAGCCAAAAUCUUAGAUGGAGAGGCUGAAGUAAUAAUAGCCCAGAAGGACAAGCACACAGGACCAGUGAGAGCGCUCGAUGUCAACAUGUUCCAGACUAAUCUGGUGGCCUCUGGUGCUAAUGAAUCUGAGAUCUAUAUCUGGGACUUAAACAACUUUGCUACACCAAUGACACCAGGAGUCAAGACACAGCCUCUGGAGGACAUCAGCUGCAUUGCAUGGAACAGGCAAGUCCAGCACAUCCUGGCAUCCGCCAGCCCCAGUGGCCGGGCCACCGUGUGGGAUCUCCGGAAGAACGAGCCCAUCAUCAAAGUCAGUGACCACAACAACAGGAUGCACUGCUCAGGCUUGGCAUGGCACCCUGAAGUUGCCACCCAGAUGGUUUUGGCCUCAGAGGAUGACAGGCUGCCUGUUAUUCAGAUGUGGGACCUAAGAUUUGCCUCCUCACCGCUCCGUGUUCUGGAAAGUCACACAAGGGGUAUAUUGGCCAUUGCUUGGAGUAUGGCAGAUCCAGAGCUGCUACUUAGCUGUGGGAAGGAUGCUAAAAUCCUCUGCUCCAACCCUAACACAGGCGAGGUGCUGUACGAGCUGCCCACAAACACCCAGUGGUGCUUUGAUAUCCAGUGGUGCCCGAGGAACCCUGCUGUGCUGUCUGCAGCCUCCUUCGACGGGCGCAUCAGUGUCUACUCCAUCAUGGGCGGCAGCGCUGACGGAUUGAGGCAGAAGCAAGUUGACCAGCUCUCCUCAUCUUUUGGGAACCUCGAUCCAUUUGGCACGGGCCAGCCCCUGCCUCCCCUGCAGCUCCCCCAGCAGACUGCCCCACAGAGUGUGGUGUUGCCUCUGAAGAAACCACCCAAGUGGAUCCGGCGACCCAUGGGAGCGUCCUUCUCGUUUGGAGGCAAGCUGGUGACAUUUGAGAAUUCCAAGUCUGCACAGCAGCCGGGCAUGGAGCAGCAGCAACAGCAUCCCCAUGUCUAUGUGAGCCAGGUUGUCACAGAGAAGGAGUUCCUGGCCCGCUCAAACCAGCUGCAGGAGGCUGUGCAGUCUGAGGGCUUUGUCAGCUACUGCCAGAACAAAAUCGACAUGGCCCUGGCUGACUUUGAGAGGAACGUGUGGGCCUUCUUAAAGGUGAACUUCGAAGAAGAUUCGCGUGUUAAAUACCUUGAGCUCUUAGGAUACAGGAAGGAUGAUCUGAGGAAGAAGAUCACAUCUGCUCUGAAUAAAGAAGGUCUUGCCGAUGGUGUUUUGGGAGAGGCUCCUGCAGAAUCUGAUGGAUCUGUGCCAAACAAGGGGGAUGAAGGCCAGACUACGGAAGAUCAGUUCUUGGGAGAGACACUGAAGGACCAUAAAAAAGAAACUGAAGAUUUGGGAUCUGCAAAGACAACAUUUAACAUUUCUGUUAGUGGAGAUGUGGAUGGGCUGAUCACACAGGCUCUGCUGACUGGGAACUUUGAAAGUGCAGUGGAUCUGUGCCUGCACGACAACCGCAUGGCCGACGCCAUCAUCCUGGCCAUCGCCGGCGGGCAGGAGCUGCUCUCCCGCACACAGGAGAAGUACUUUGCCAAGAUGAGGAGCAAAAUCACCAGGCUCAUCACUGCAGUUGUAACAAAGAACUGGAAAGAGAUUGUGGAGUCUUGUGACCUGCAGAAUUGGAGAGAGGCUUUGGCUGCUGUGCUCACUUACGCCAGGCCAGACGAGUUUACAGCCCUUUGUGAUCUCCUGGGUAGCAGACUGGAGAAUGAGGGGGACAGCAUUCUGCAGACGCAGGCUUGCCUCUGUUACAUUUGUGCUGGCAAUGUGGAUAAACUUGUUGCCUGUUGGACCAAAGUUCAGGAUGGAAACAGCCCCUUGUCCCUUCAGGAUUUAAUAGAGAAGGUCGUGAUCCUGCGCAAAGCCGUGCAGCUCACACAGGCUGUGGACCCGAACGCCAUGGGCGCCCUUUUGGCUGAGAAGAUGAGCCAGUAUGCCAACCUCCUGGCUGCUCAGGGAAGCCUGGCUGCUGCCCUGACCUUCCUCCCUGCCAACACCAACCAGCCAAACAUCGUGCAGCUCCGGGACAGGCUUUGCAGAGCCCAAGGGGAGCUCCCAGUGGGACAGGACGGCCUCAAGGGACCAAAUGAGAGAGAGUCCAUGGCCAAAGGGCGAGCUGGCCCUGGGGCUGGGCGGAUGCAGGUGCCCCAGGCACCAGCCCAGCAGUAUUACCAGCAGGGGGACAACCCACCUCCUCCAGGGUUUAUCAUGCCAGGUGCUGUUGGCCCCAGCAUGCCACCACAGCAAGCCACAUCUUCCAACUACAGCAUGUACUCGCAAGGAGGAGCACGGCCACCAUACCCACAGACGUAUCAGGCCACACAGCAGUACUCCUCUGGAACAGGGGGACCAGCUCUCUAUCAGCCUCAGCAGCCUAUUGCUGCCCCUGCUUCAGCCUCUUACCCCAGCCCUGCCCCUAACACCACCCCUUCCUACCUGCCCUCUGCCCCUGCCCACCCCAUGCCCUCCCCGCUGUACCCCGGGCAGCCUCAACCCUCCCCAACGAGCCUGAAUCCCGUCUCUUCAUUCCCUGUUCCUCCUUCUGGCACAUCCUUUCAGCAUGGCAGGCCAGGACCUCCAGCAACUUCUGUGGCUUAUGCAUUACCUACUGGACCAACAGGUACUCUGCCUGCAGCCAGUGACCUUCCUGCAUCCCAGAGAACAGAAAGUCUACCAUCUCAAGACCAGGCCUCUCCCUUCACAGGUGAACUAGGGCCUCAGAACGGCUGGAAUGACCCUCCCACCCUCAACAGAGCUGCCAAGAAGAAGAAGGUCCCUGACAACUUCCUGCCCCCGGUCCCCAUCACCUCCCCCAUCAUGAACCCGCUGGCGGAUCCACAGUCUCAGCUGCAGCAGCCCCAGGCUCCAGCACCGCCCAGCGGUGCACCCAGCUUCCAGCCUCCACACCUCCCUGCAGGGCAGAUGGUGCUGCAGGGUGGCUUCCAGCCCGCUUCCCAGCCCCUGGGGCCAUCCAUCAUGCCACCCACUGUUUCCAAACCCAGCACAGAGGGGGCCCCAGGGGCCCCAAUUGGCAAUGCCAUCCAGCACGUGCAGGCACUGCCAACAGAGAAGAUCACCAAGAAGCCCAUCCCUGAGGAGCACCUUAUUCUGAAGACUACGUUUGAAGCUCUCAUCCAGAGGUGCCUGCUGUCUGCCUCCGAUCCGCAAACCAAGAGGAAACUGGAUGAUGCAAAUAAACGCCUGGAGUUUCUGUAUGACAAACUUAGGGAACAGACACUCUCUCCAACCAUCAUUAGUGGCCUGCACAACAUCGUGAAGAGCAUUGAAACCCGUAACUACCAGGAGGGACUGAACAUCCACACACACAUCGUCAGCACCAGCAACUUCAGCGAGACCUCUGCUUUCAUGCCAGUCCUGAAGGUUGUCCUCACCCAGGCCAAUAAGCUGGGGGUGUGAGGCAGCCCUGCACUUGCAAAGCCCUGGUGGUUGCUUUCCCAAAGAAGUGCAUUUCUACGGCAGACAUGCAGGAAAUGGACCAAACGCUCGUCCUCACAGCAUGGCGCAGUAGAGCUGACAAAUGGCAUUAUGCUCUCCCUGCAAAGUACUUUGUUCUAGAAGGGCUGUGGAGCCCUGGUGCUUUUCUUCUUAUUUUAAUCCUUGUCCCAUCCCUAACAAUUGUCAUCUACAAAUAGUAUAUUUAAUGGAUGAUGUCCCACAUUGUCAAUUUUUAGGUGCAUGUUACACUGCUAAACAGUGGCUUUUAAUAACAUACGUACGUGUUGAAACAACAAGAUAGGUCUUGUAUUGUACCCCAAAGAGAUUCUCUUCCACCCACCCCACUGUUCCUUAUCCACCAGAUUAAAAAUGGUCUGAUCAGGUUACAGGUGUAUUUGGUCUUUCAUUUUAUGAAGCUGCUUGCAGUUCUGUUAUUACAAUUUACAUGUUAAAUAGCUUAAUUGUGCACUGGGGCAAAUGAACAAAAUAAAAACUAAUGUGAUAUUUUCAAUCCA